AUGGCCAUGGCUUUUCGAUCUCGAUCGGCGGCGCUGAUGCGUCAUGGCCGCCUCCGCUCAUCUAUGGGUCGGAGUCGCGGUCUAGCCACUGUUACAGAUAAUACGCGACCGUACGAUGUCGUUGUUAUUGGAGGUGGUCAUGCCGGUUCCGAGGCAUGCGCCGCUGCUGCUCGCUCUGGUGCGCGCACUGCGUUGGUCACACCCUCUCUUGAGAACAUUGGAGUCUGCUCGUGCAAUCCCAGCUUCGGUGGAAUCGGUAAAGGAACGAUGAUUCGGGAGGUAGAUGCGAUGGACGGUGUCGCCGGCCGCAUUAUCGAUAAGGCUGGUGUCAUGUUCCGCGUCUUGAACCGCUCCAAGGGUCCUGCUGUUUGGGGUCCGCGUGCGCAGAUUGACCGUGAUCUGUACAAGCGGUACAUGUCGGAGGAGUUGGCUGGAACAGAGAACUUGAACAUCGUCGAGGGAAAGGUGGCCGAUAUUGUGGUUUCAACUGAAGGAAUUGAGAGCACUCCCGGUGCUCAGGGCAAGAUUGUUGGUGUCCGAUUGGAGUCUGGAGAGGUCAUUUCCACUGGUCGUGUGGUCAUCACAACAGGCACCUUCUUAGGUGGUGAGAUUCAUAUUGGCAUGGACGUCUUUCCUUCUGGACGCAUGGGCGAGGCUCCUACAUAUGGACUGAGCAAGUCUCUUCGCGACGCUGGGUUCCAACUGGGCCGCCUGAAGACUGGCACGCCGCCUCGACUUGACGGAAAGACGAUUGAUUACCGCGGCCUUGAAGUUCAAAAGGGUGACUCGCCACCACACCCGUUCUCGUACUUGAACAAGACUGUCGACGUUGGCGACGAGGGUCAGCUUACCUGCUGGAUGACACACACAAACGAAGCCGUCCACGACAUCAUUCGCGCCAAUCUGGACAAGUCGAUUCACAUCAGGGAGACAGUUCGCGGUCCUCGCUACUGCCCUUCGUUGGAGUCGAAGAUCAUCAGAUUCAAGGACAAAACUCAGCACCAGAUCUGGCUUGAGCCUGAGGGAUUCGCGCCAAACGACGUCAUUUACCCUAACGGUAUCUCAAUGACCGUUCCGGCGGAUGCACAAUACGCCAUGCUUCGCGCAGUUCGAGGUCUCGAGAACGUAACUAUGCUCCAGCCAGGUUACGGGGUUGAAUACGACUACAUUGACCCGCGCAACCUGCGCCCAACACUGGAGACAAAACUCAUCAGUGGUCUCUACUUGGCCGGACAGAUCAACGGUACUACUGGCUACGAAGAAGCAGCCGGACAAGGCAUCAUCGCCGGCAUUAACGCUGGUCUGGAAGCACAAAACCGAACUCCUCUCACCCUCACCAGAUCAGAUGGCUUCAUUGGUAUCAUGAUCGACGAUCUCAUCACAAAGGGCGUGUCCGAGCCAUACAGGAUGUUUACAACGAGAAGCGAAUACCGCAUCUCCACACGUUCCGAUAAUGCAGACCUCCGCCUGACUCGCAUGGCCCGCGACGCUGGUGUCGUCUCUGACAAGCGCUGGAGCCACUUCUCCGACACAGAGGCACAGAUCUCGGAACUGCAAACUCUCCUCGCUAAUACAAAGCUUUCAUCGUCUGCGUGGUCUCGCAAGGGCUUUAAGGUCCGCGAUGAUACCUCCAUCCGCUCAGGUCUCGACCUCCUGGUCCUGGACACAACCGACAUCGACUCUCUCAUUCCGACUAUGGAGUCUACCCCCGGAACAGCAUACACCGCCGCCUCCUUCGCGCCGGAGAUCCGCGCCCGCGUUGCCAUCGAAGGCCGGUAUGCGCCGUACCUGAAGCGCCAGGAGAAGAUGGCCAUGCGCUUCCAGAAGGAUGAGAACUUACUUCUUACUCCCGACCUGGACUACAGCCAGGUUACCGGUAUCAGCAAUGAGGAGCGACAGGUGCUUGAGCGUGUGCGUCCAGUUAGUGUUGGCAUGGCGAAGCGCAUUGAGGGCGUUACGCCUGUUGGUGCGUUGCGGUUGCUAAUGCAUGUGAGGAAGAACCGUGGGUUUGUCAAGGAAAUAGACAGCGAGGAUUCUGCUGUUGCCGACGUGCUUGCCACAUCGCCUUAA